AUGAAAGGAGUAACAAACAUACGCACUCAACAAAUACAAGAUUUCGCAUUUAUUGUAUCCAUGACGCCGCCAACUGGAAACAGAAACUUACUAGAUACAACUAACUCUUGUUUAAAAGCAUUAAAUAACCUUAACAUUAAAACUCAAGAAUGGGAUGCAGUGAUUAUUCAUUUAGUAGUCUUAAAAUUGGAUCAAGAGUCACAUCGACACUGGGAAAACUAUUUGAGUACUAUAACAGAUGAACUACCCAAAUGGUCACAUUUAGAACAAUUUCUAGAGACGAGAUUCAGAACCUUAGAGAUGAUAGAUACAAACAAACAAUCUACAAGUUUUAAAUUACACAAUAACCAACAAAGAAAUGCAAAUCAAGUAAUAAAACCAAAAACAUUCUAUUCAGAUGUAAACGUUAAACGAAGUUCAAAUGAAGCAACUUGUGCAAUGUGUAACGGUCCACAUUUUAUAUAUUACUGUACACAGUUUAAGAAAGAACCUGUACUUGAGAGGCAAAAUAUAGUGCAAAGUAAGCGGCUUUGUUUUAACUGUCUCGCGCCCACACAUUCUGUAUUUAAAUGUCAACAAAAUUCGACAUGUCGAAAAUGUGGCAAAAAGCACCAUACUUUGCUUCAUUUUGAGAAAGAAGAUAAGCAAACAUAUCAAAAUUCGAGACAAACUGAGUCAACGAGAGAUACAGAACAUAAAUCUAGUGGUGGAAUAAAUUCAUCAUCUAACGAGACAACUGUAUUAGCUAAUUUUUCGAGAGGUGAUGUAAAAACUUAUAACGUGUUAUUAGCAACUGCUGCUGUAAAAUCUAAUAGUUCUAGAAACGGUUCUUCUUAUAUUUUAAGAGCAUUGUUAGACCAAGGCUCUCAAGCCUCUUUUGUGACUGAGGACACAGUACAGUUGUUAGGUCUUAAACGUACUAAUGUAAAUGGUAGGGUGUCAAGCUUGGGAGAUGGUCAUAGUAUGGUUAUAAAAUACGCAGUUAAUAUCGAAGUAGAAUCCCGUAACGAUCCUGGUAAAAAUAUUCGCGUCUACGCUUAUGUAUUAAAGUCAAUUACCUCUAUAUUACCGUCACGUGAAGUACAUAUCCCCGAUUGGCUAGACCUUAAAAACUUACCUCUUGCCGAUCCAGGAUUUGCAUCUCCAGGGAAGAUUGAUGUUUUACUCGGUGCAGAAGUAUACGGAGAGAUACUGCUAAAUGGAAUGAAGAGAAGCCCAUACGGAAACCUAAUAGCUCAGAAUACUAUUUUUGGAUGGAUUUUGUCAGGCAUAGACAAGAGUGCA